AUGACAGGAGAAACGGCAAAACAAGGAUCAGACGCAGCCACGUGUCCUGGAGACGAGAGCGGAGGCUUUGUUCUCUCUGCUUUCAAAGUCUGCAACUGCAAGAAGCACUCAGGAAAUGCACAGGCCUUCUUCAACCGGACCAUUAUGGGACUCAGUUCCGUCAUUGGGUCGCUCCAGUCUCCGUGUUUCCGUGGCGAUGCCGGAGGACAAUAA